AUUGUCAAGAUGUUAAUCUGCUCGUGCAUAGAUACAGUAUGUUGUGCGUGCAGGCGUUGCGAUUGAAUUUAUUUAUGCAACCCAUAAUUUUAAGUAUAGUGAACUGAAUGAAAUGCAGUCACUAGUCUUCAGUCAGCACAAAGUCCAAACAACCAAGGCGUGUCUAACCCAUUAAAUUCCCUUGUUAGACAGAUUUGAAAGAUGAGUCAUUUCUAGAGGAAGCCAGUUUUAAAUCAGCCAAGUAUGCACUAUGAGGUGUUAUUCGUUCUUAUUUCUCGGUAGAAAUUGAAUUGAAGUGCUUCAUGGGUAGUUUAUUCCUCUGCAUGUAACCUUAAUGGAACUUUCUUAAAGAGAUAGUUCACCCAAAAAACAAAACAAAAAAAAUGCUCUUCGUAUUCACUCAUCCAAAAGAAGUCCCUACGGUGGCCGUGAAGUGCAAAACAAAACAACAAAUCUUUGAACACAACGGCAAAUCAAAAGACAAAAUAAAAAUUCAGAAACACAUCAGCAAAUCAUAAAACACAAGGGCAAAUACGAAAACAAAAGAGCAAAUCAGAAAACACAACAGCAAUUCAGUCGAAACGGAAAGGGUAGGGACCAAAGCAUCUCACCUGAUUGGCUGUGUGGAGAAUAUCUAGUCCUUUCUUCAGGAUUGGUUCUCUUAAUUCUAAAUGCUCAAUUAAUGUAAAUUGUGAGUGGUUUGUCACUCAGUGAAACAGUAAUGGGACACUUUAUAACACAGAGAGCAAAAACAGUGAGGUGUGUAAGGAACUGUCUACAUAUUCUGCAGAACACAAACAAAGAUUUUUAGAAGAAUAUCUAAUCUCUGUAGUGCCAUACAAUGCAAGUGAAUGGUGACUAGAACUUUGAAGCUCCAAAAAGCACAUAAAGAACCAUGUCUCAGCUGAGCGGUAAAGUCCAGACGGUGCUGGGUCUGAUAGAGCCUGAUCAACUGGGCCGCACCAUGACCCAUGAACAUCUUACAAUGACGUUUGAGUGCUGCCAUGUUCCCCCAGCACCGGGAGACGAAGGUGUUGCUGCAGCUCCCAUUGAGAUGAAGAACCUUCACUGGCUGCAGCAGAAUCCAUACAGCCACCGAGAGAACCUGCUGUUGAGUCAGGAGACCGAGGCAGUGAAGGAGGAGUUGCUGUGUUAUCGUAAAGCAGGGGGAGGAACCAUCGUGGAGAAUACCACCAUGGGCAUUUCUCGAAACCUACCCGUUCUGCGCCAGUUGGCCAAGGACACUGGAGUGCAUGUUAUAGCUGGAGCUGGCUACUAUGUGGAUGAGACACACUCUGAUGAAACGAGAAAGAUGACCAUUGAGAAGCUUACAGACAUCAUUGUCAGUGAGGUGCUUCAUGGAGCAGAUGGUACUGAUAUUCGCUGUGGCGUGAUUGGAGAGAUUGGUACUAGCUGGCCAAUCACAGAGAGCGAGAAGAAGGUGCUGCGAGCCACUGCUCAUGCUCAGACUGAACUCGGCUGUCCGGUCAUCAUCCACCCCGGUAGGAACAAUGCGGCUCCUGCAGAGGUCAUCCGUAUUCUACAAGAAGCUGGUGGAGAUAUCUCCAAAACAGUCAUGUCUCACCUUGACAGAAGCAUAUUUGAUCGUGGAGAGCUGCUGGAGUUUGCAAAGAUGGGAAGCUAUCUUGAGUAUGACCUCUUUGGUACAGAGAUGCUGAACUACACCUUCAACCUUGACGUUGACAUGCCCAGUGACAGCCAGAGAGUUCAGAUUUUGGGUUUCCUGAUCAAGGAAGGUUAUGAAGACAGACUCCUCAUUGCCCAUGAUAUCCACACCAAGAACCGCCUGACCAAGUAUGGCGGUCAUGGCUACUCCCACAUCCUAAAGAAUAUUGUCCCCAAAAUGCUGUCUCGCGGUGUCACUCAGAACCAGGUGGACAAAAUACUUAUUGAGAACCCUAAACACUGGCUGACAUUUAAAUAAAAGUUGCCUUAAAGAAUGAGUCACGUACUUUCCAAAAUCAACGUAACAAAGAUGAAUUUCUGAUUUUUACUGCUAGAAAAUUCAAAUACCUCAAAAAUACCUCCAGCUGAUUUUGGUGCUAUAUACCUUACUUUGCUGUAUGCUUAUCUAUGUAAGAUGACAUAAAAUGCUCAAUGAUCAGAGGCAGACUUAAUACUAAUGGUGCUAUACUUUAUUGCUUUUUUAACAAAGCCAGAUGUUGUAAAUCUCAAAGUUCUCUUACCACAAAAAAGUGGCAAAAAAGUAAAAGAGGGGUGAUGGGGGGGGUUGAUGACUUAAAGGGAUAGUUCACCCAAAAAUGAAAAUUCUCUCAUCAUUUAAUCACCCUCACCCUCAUGCCAUCUCAGAUGUGUAUGACUUUCUUUCUUUUGCACAACACAAAGAUUUUUAGAAGAAUAUUUCAGCUCUGUUGGUUCAUACAAUGCAAGUGAAUGGUGGGCAGAACUUUGAAGCUCCUAAAUGCACAUAAAGGUAGCAUACAAGUAAUCCAUGUGACUCCAGUGGUUUAAUCCAUGUCUUCUGAAGUGGUCCAAUCAGUUUUGGUUGAAAACAGAUCAAAAUGUAACUCAGUUUUCACUGUACAUCUUGUCAAUGCAGUCUUUAGGCACAAUCAUGAUUUCAAGCUCAAUUACACUUCCUAGUGCUUGACGCAGAGCGCUAGAUGGCACUAUAGGAAGUGUAAUCGAGCUUGAAAUCAUGAUCGGCAAGGAAGCUGUUGAUGUCAAGAUAUACAGUGACAAAUGAAUUUUAUUUUGGUCCAUUCUCACCCCAAACUGAUUGCUUCACUUCAGAAGACAUCAGAUUUAACCACUUGAGUUGGUGGUUGGAUGGAUUACUUUUGGAGCUUCAACGUUUUGACCACCAUUCACUUGCAUUGUAUGGACCUACACAGCUGCAAUAUUCUUCUAAAAAUCUGUGUUUGUGUUCUGCAGAAGAAAGAAUGUCAUACACAUCUGGCAUGGCAUGAGGGUGAGUAAAUGAUGAGUACAUUUUCAUUUAUGGGUGAACUAUUUCUUUAAUGAGGAAAACAUGCAAUUAAAUUUAUUAGUAGAUUUAGGGAAUCAGCUAUAUUAAUUGAAAAAGUUCAGUUGAAUAUUCAAUUACGGUUCUGUUGAGCACAAAAGAAGAAAUUAUACUAUUACACUGUCCUAACCAGGUGCAACACGAUAAAGCGACAAGUGAUAAAAGAUCUUUAAUGUUUCUGUCUUAACUAGCUGCAAUGAGCGACAGGACAUUUUGUUGAUCUUUUGGUUUCAGUUUCUGCCGCAUUGUGCUAGAUAAUUCUCUGGACCCACUAUGAAAUCUGUUUAACUAUUUCACAGCACAUCUAAUAAUGACGCUGUCAGUCGCUCUGUGUCUGAAACAGCAAGAUAAUGUUAAAAAAAACAUUAUGUUCCAAUCAUCCAGAACUUUAAAAAACAUAUACGAUGAUGGCAUGUCAAAACAUAAUAUCUAUCCCCCCCUCAUGUUUAUUGAUUAAUUCUUUCUCAUGGUUUCCAUCGCAAACCCUUUUUAAAUGUGUGGAUAUAUCUUUAAUAUGCAGUCAAUGCUAUAUAAAGUAGUAUGGUGGUAAAAAAUAGCAAAAUGUUAUAGCAAAAAAUUAUAAAUGGAUCACAAUACAUGAAUACAGAAUGCACGACUUCUAACCUGUAGUCACUGUAGUUUGCUUGUCCAGUUGAAGAUAUUUCAUUGAAAUGUCUUUGUGGAUUGCUGCAAUUGCACUUUUUAAGUUCAGUAACUUUCAGUUUUAUAGCAAAUGUACACACACAUGCAAAUCAAUAUAUUUUAUUACAGUUUCAGUUCUCUGAUGACUCUGCACAUACCUGCCAGUGAUACUUCUUUUUUAAAAUAAAAACAUUCAUAUAAAACUGUAUGGAACUGUGGCUUAAAUGUGACAUUUGUGAAUGUGAAAUUACAAAAGAGUGAUCAUCUAAACUAUGUUUCCAGGCUAAUGCCAUUUUCUCAGUGGCAUCCUCUUCAGAUCAGCCAUGUAUCAGUGUAAGUUAGGCACAUAUGGAAUGGAGAUGAUGUCAGAUGAUUUUCUGCUUUCACUGCCAGCUAAUCUCAAUAAAGAUAUUACUAAUCACAGAUAUUGGCAUGUUGUUAAAUCACAGUGAUUUUUCUAAAAACUAAUUUACAGGAUGUGUUCACAUGCUUCGAGUUGUAUGAUCAUUCAGGAGUUCCAAUUCUCAACAUUCUCUGCAUUCCUCACUCUCGAUCUGUUGUCUUAUCCUUCACUCAGACGUGGAUGUGAUGUCACAGGCUUGAGGCCUAAACGUUUUUGACCUCACUUUGAUUAUUUUGUAGGUGCAUCUGAAAAGCGCUGUCUAUAGCACAGGCAUUAAUCGGCGUAGACCAUGAAGCCUGAAAACGUGCUGUAUUUGUUGUUGUUUCCCCCGUGCGCUUUGCCCCCAUCUAGUUUAAUGUAGAUCUCAUCGCCAGGCUCCAGGUGUAAUAUCACGCUGUUGCUGGCGUAGUCA